CCCAGGAGCCAUGACAAGCAAAAGAACAUGCUCAUUUGGAGAUAGCCUUUGUGAUAUUUAAAUGUGUGGGUUAAUUUUUAUCCACUUUAAUAACUGGGAUUUUUUUUCGCCCUCUCUACUUCUUUGCUCUCUGUUGCUGCUCUGAAGCUGUGGGCACAGAAAUCCCAGCAGGCAAAUUACUCCCAAACAUAUUGCAGGACAAGCCUAUAAGAACAGUUGAAUUCACGGCAUCUGGACCCCUAAUCCUUUUUGGAGAUGGCAGGUGUGAGUGGCUGUAUAAAAUAUUCUAUGUUUAUCUUCAACUUCUUGUUCUGGGUAUGUGGUAUCUUGAUCCUGGCAAUAGGGAUAUGGGUACGAGUAAGCAAAGAUGGCCAAGAGAUUCUCAAUUCUGCAGACUCUAGCUUUAACCCCUAUGUUGCUGUGAACAUCUUGAUUGCUGUGGGCUCCAUCAUCAUGGUCCUGGGCUUCCUGGGCUGCUGUGGGGCUGUCAAGGAAAGUCGCUGCAUGCUUCUGCUGUUCUUCAUCGGCUUGCUCCUGAUCCUGCUCCUGCAGGUGGUGGCCGGCAUCCUGGGAGCCACUUUCAAAACUGAGUCUGACCACCUUCUCAACGAAACUCUCUAUGAAAAUGUGAAGCUUCUGAGUGCAACGGAUGAGAACGCAAAGGCCUUCCAGCAAGCCCUGGCUGAAUUCCAAGAGGAGUUUAAAUGCUGUGGUUUGGUCAGUGGAGCUGCUGAUUGGGGAAAUAAUUUUGAACAAAAUUCCAAGACAUGUGAAUGUUCAGAAACGACAGAUUCAUCUUGUGUAACUUAUCUAAGAAAACUUGUUUAUAAACAGCCAUGUAUUUCUCUGAUAAAAGAGUUAAUGGCAAAACACAUCAUCGUGGUUAUUGGAAUAGCCUUUGGAUUGGCAGUGGUUGAGAUACUUGGCUUGGUGUUCUCCAUGGUCCUAUAUUGCCAGAUCGGGAACAAAUGAGUCUGUGGAUGUGUCAAGCUAUAUCAUCAGUCAAACCCCUUUCAAAUUUUGCUUUGGCUUUGUAACAUUAAAUAUGUAAGUGCUACAGAUGUCAGGAGUAGCUGGCCUAUAAAAAUGUCUCAUUUAGCUAGACCACAGACAUAUUCUAGACAUACUAAACAUAUUUAAGAUUUGAGGGAUGUAAAAACAAUGAUAUGAAUGUGUAUAUUUUUACUCAAAAUAAAAGAAAUACGGUCUA